AUGACGGCGCUGGCGAGGAGUGUGCUUGCUCCCCGUGAUCCCACAAGCCGAUCAGAUGUCUUCGUCUUAGGGGAAGCAGAUGUGGUCAAGGAUCCUGUUACCCGGCGUGCCUGGGACCUGGGCACUCCCAGCUCUGGCCCGUUUUCGUUGAGGGCCGUUUGCUCCCUCCGUCUCUUCCGCCAGAAUGUGGCCCUCUCUAACAAACUGUGCCCUUGGCUUCGACUUGCUUCCAAUUCCCUGGAUUUAGCCCACCGAAACCUCUUUAAGCUGAUGGGCCCAGAUGACACCGAGUACAUGUGCUCAGCCCGAGACGCCUGUCAAGGGGCUCAUUUAGGGCCCACCAUUGGUCCCAGGAAAUCUGCCUUAGUCUUCUGUCUCGGGAUCCUCCCUCCUUCACGAUUACGCUACCUGUCCAGCCUUCUGGCUCCUUCUCUGGCAGAGGAGAUCUCGUCUGUGAUUGCCUCCAGGUAUUCAGCACAAAGUGGGGUCCAGGCCAGGGAGCAAGGCCCACCAAUGGAUCUCUCCAUCAGCCACAUCAAGGAGGAAAGAGAACAGGGCUCCGUCUGUUCCACCUUCCUCCCUGGACCCCCAGGCGACGGCUCUCCGGCCCACACCUUGUUCCCAAAGAGUGAAGCGGCAGACGCCAACACAGGGCCGGGCCGGGAGGGACCGGCUUUGGACACGAUGGCCUUGCAACCCGACCCCUUCUUACCUUUCCAGUUCUUCAUACAUCUCACUAUCCUCCACACCCUCUAUGACCUGGUGAACAACAAUGGAAUCAUCUCCUUCCUAAAGGAAGUCUCCCAAUUCACACCAGUAGCCUUCCCCAUCUCUAAAGACCGUUGUGUGGUGGCUGCUUUCUGGGCUGAUGUAGAUAACCGCCGUGCUGGAGAGGUCUAUUACCGGGAGAGUAAGGAACAGGCCAUCCUGCAGAAAGCCACUGAGGAUAUCUGGCGAUACUUCCCAGAGUUCCCCGACUUCUCAGCGAAAUGGGUUUUUGUGGCCACCUGGCACCAAGUGACCUUUUUUGGAGGGAGCUCGUUUUCUCCUGUGAACACUUUCCAGAUUGUCCUCAUCACAGAUGGCAAAUUGUCUUUUACCAUAUUCAACUAUGAGUCCAUCUCAUGGACCACAGGCAUGCAUGCCAGCAGUGGGGGCGACUUGGCAGGACUAGGAGGCAUUGCCGCACAGGCAGGGUUCAAUGCUGGCGAUGGAAAACGUUACUUCAACAUCCCUGGGUCCCGCACCGAUGACAUCGUCAACGUGGAGAUGACGACAAAUGUGGGUAUCCCCGGGCGAUGGGUGUUCAGAAUCGAUGAUGCCCAGGUGCAAGUGGGGGGCUGCAGCAACACAACUUCUGUGUGUCUGAACCUCCGUCCUUGUCUGAAUGGAGGGAAAUGUAUUGACGACUGCAUUACUGGAAACCCCUCCUACACCUGCUCCUGCCUCACGGGCUUCACAGGGAAAAAGUGCCACCUGGAUGUGAACGAGUGCGCCUCCGAGCCCUGCCAGAACGGGGGGACCUGCACGCACGGCGUCAACAGCUUCAGCUGUCAGUGCGCGCCCGGCUUCAAAGGGCCCACCUGUGGGGCAGCGGAAUCCCCAUGUGACGCCAAGGACUGCCAGAACGGUGGGGAGUGCCAGGCUGGAAACGGCACGGCGGUGUGUGUGUGCCAGGCCGGGUACACGGGAGACAACUGCGAGACGGAUAUAAACGAAUGUGACUCGGACCCGUGCAUGAACGGGGGGAAAUGUGUCGACCUGGUGGCUAACUACAGCUGCCUGUGUUCGGAGCCCUUCGCGGGACCUCGCUGUGAGUUAGACCCAGCGGCCUGCGAAGACCGGAGCUGCCGGGACCGGCAGACGUGCAACUACAUCCGCCCGGGGCGCUACAUCUGCACGUGCUCUCCGGGUUACUAUGGGAACAACUGUCAGUACGGAGGCCCCAGAACCCCGAGUGCCUGUCUCUCCAACCCCUGCCAGAAUGAGGGCACCUGCCUGGAGACGGACCAGGGCUACCUCUGCGAGUGUCCUGAUGGGUACACGGGCUUUAACUGCGCAGAAAAGCUCCCCGAAGACUGUGAGUGCCGGAAUGGGGGGAGAUGCCUGGAUGGAAACUUCACCAUCUGCCACUGCCCCCCCGGAUACUUUGGUCUCCUUUGUGAAUUCGAAGUCACAGCCACCCCGUGCAACGUGAACACGCAGUGUCCUGACGGCGGCUACUGCAUGGAGUACGGCGGGAGCUACCUGUGCGUGUGCCACACAGACUACAGCACCAACCACUCUCUGCCCUCUCCCUGUGACUCUGAUCCCUGCCUCAACGGGGGCUCCUGCGAUGCCCACGAUGACUCCUACACGUGUGAGUGCCUUCGAGGCUUCCAUGGAAAACAUUGUGAGAAAGUAAGGCCGAGACUGUGCAGCUCCGGGCCCUGUCGGAAUGGAGGGACAUGCAAGGAGUCCAACGGAGCGUACCAGUGCAGCUGCCCCUAUCGGUUCACAGGGAAGCACUGUGAGAUAGGAAAGCCAGACUCUUGUGUCUCCGGCCCUUGUCAGAAUGGAGGGACCUGCUUCCACUACAUCGGCAAAUACAAGUGCGACUGUCCCCCAGGCUACUCGGGGCGGCACUGUGAAAUAGCUCCUUCUCCUUGCUUUAUGAGCCCCUGUGAAAAUGGUGCCACCUGCAAUGAUCUCGGCACAGACUACACCUGCCGCUGCCGUGCUGGGUACACAGGGAAACGCUGCCAGUCAGAGGUAGACUGCGGCACUCCCAGCUCGGUGAAGAACACCAAAGUGAGGCUUAACUCCACCAAGAUGGGUUCCCUGGCCGAAUACGAGUGUGAGCAGGGCUACGUCCUGAGCUCCGGCAACAACCCCAGAGUCUGCAGAGCCCACGGGCUCUGGAGCGAACCCCCUCACUGUGAUGAAAUCAAUGAAUGCGAAUCUCAGCCUUGCCUGAAUGGAGGCUCCUGCAAGGACAGGAUCGCCAGCUUCCUCUGCAUCUGUGGCUCCGGAUACAUGGGACCACACUGCGAAGUGGAGAUUGAUGAAUGCCAGUCUGAUCCCUGUAAAAAUGGAGGAACCUGCAAAGAUCUCCCAGCAGCCUUUGUUUGCCAGUGUCCUGAUGGCUUUGCUGGAACCCACUGUGAAAAGGAAGUGGAUGCCUGUGACUCAGAUCCCUGCCAACACGGAGGAGAAUGUGAGAACGACAGUGGCUCUUAUCUGUGUGUCUGCCCUGAAGGCUUCUUUGGCUACCACUGUGAGACAGCAAGUGACCCGUGCUUCUCCAACCCCUGUGGGGGCCGAGGCUACUGUCUCUCCAGCAACGGGUCCCACAGCUGCACCUGCAAGGUGGGCUUCACCGGCAAAAACUGUGCAAAAGAGCUGCUGCCACCGACAGCCCUCAAGGUGGAAAGAGUAGAGGACAGCGGCGUGUCCAUCUCGUGGCGUCCCCCCGAAGACCAAGCGGCCAAGCAGAUGAUCGACGGCUACGCAGUCACCUACGCCUCCUUCGACGGUUCCUACCGCAGGACUGACUUUGUGGAUCGCAGCCACUCGGCGCACCAGCUGCGGGCUCUGGCCUCCGGCAAAGCCUACAACAUCUCAGUCUUCUCGGUCAAACGCAACGUGAACAACAAGAACGACAUCAGCCGGCCGGUGGUGCUCGUCACCCGCACGCGGCCUCGGCCGGUAGAGGGCUUUGAGAUCACCAACGUGACGGCCUCCUCCAUCGCAGUCCAGUGGGCUCUCCACAAGGCCAAGCACUCCACAGUCAAUAAGGUGCGUGUGUCCAUCCGGCGCCUCGGGGACCCCAAGGACCUCUCUGUGGAGCUGGACAGUACCACCGACAAGUACACCUUCUGGGAUCUGCUGCCAGGAGAGAGGUACAUCAUCCACGUGGCCACCCUCAGCGGGCUGGGCACAGAGGACCACCCCUCCGAGAGCCUGGCCACUGCCCCUUUCCACGUGUGGACGCGUCCUCUCUCUCCAAGAAACCUCACGGCGUCCAGGGUCACCGCUACCUCCGCCCACCUGGUGUGGGAGCCUCUGCCCCCGGGGGCUUCCGUGGAGGGUUACAUCAUCAACGUGACCACCAGCCAGAGCGUGAAGAGCCGCUACGUGCCCAACGGGAAGCUGACGUCGUACACCAUGCGCGACCUGCAGCCAGGGCAAAGGUACCGCCUCUCGGUGACCGCUGUACAGAGCACGGAGCAAGGUCAAAUGCACAGCGACCCUGCCCAUCUGUACGUGCUGACCUCACAGAGGGAUGGCUCUUCGGACAGAAGAUGGAACCAAGGAGGGCACCCCAGAGUGCUGAGGAACAGACUGCCCCCAUCCUUCCUGCCUGACCUUCGGCUGCUGGCUGACCGAGAGGUUUCAGAAGAACCGUCCCAGGCCCCCAGGUUUACUGAGCUGGUGGACGGCAGAGGAAGAAUCAGUGCCAAAUUCAGCAGCGUCCCAAGUAAAUCAGUCACUGUGAGAUCACGUAAGUGUCCAAGAGCACCUACUCCUGGCUCUGUCUUGUCGGAGUCAGUGUCCAUCGUCAAUUUGGCACUAGAGCUCAGGGAGAGGGGAAUGAAGACUAAAGAAGAUGACCACAGGAACUGCUCCAUAAACCCCUGCCAAAAUGGGGGCACAUGUGUGAGUGGGACGGACUCCUACAGCUGUGACUGCAGCCCCGGAUUCAAAGGCAGACACUGUGAGCUUUCCUGUAAGAAGGUGCCUCAUUCCUGUACCCGCCUGUACUCGGAGACAAAGUCCUUUCCCGUCUGGGAGGGAGGAGUCUGCCACUACGUGUAUAAGAGAAUCUAUAAAGUCCACCCAGACAUCUGCUACAAGGAGAGCUGUGAGGGCACCACUACCAAGAAGACUCCCAACAGGAAACAAGGCAACAGUCAAACGAUGAAGAAGCCUUAAAGAUCCAGAACAAUUGUAGUUUCACCUCAUCAACUCUAAAGGCUUCUAACUCCCAGCAGAUGAGAUCUACUAGCUGAGCUGAAAGCGGACACAGAGAGGAGAGGCCCCUUCCUAGAGGGAGCCCACACCUCUGGCUGCUCCUCUCCUCCAGCCUCUCUGGGAUGGGCCGUCGGGCCCCAACACCACGACAGCUGCCCUGUUCCUCUGGGGAUUCGGCCAAGGCUUCUUCAGUUUUUCUCAUUUCAGACUGAAUCUCUCCUCGGGGUCUGCAUUCUUCCGAAGAUACCCAUCACAAGACUUUGGAAUAAUGUCACGGACUCGUUUUCUACAAUGGCUGAAGGCCAUCGAUGGCAGGGGUUUCCCCUAGUCGACUACCAGGGACAUGACUGUAUUCAGCAGCCUCUGGCUCGCCAAGUUCAGAUGGGACGGGAAUCUUCUCUCUGGGACCAACAAAACCCCAAAUGGAGAAGAAAUGUUCAGCAACCUCCCAACAGCGAGAGCAGAAAUGAAUUUUUCCCCAACUGAAUGGCAACUACAAGCAUUGUUUAGUGCUACUUAACCCUUUUGGUCUCUAGUCCUAUAAUCUGAAGAGUAUUUUUGUUCCUUGAUAUUUUGCAGGUUAGUAGUCCAUAGUAUGGAUUAGUGCCUCUUGGUAUUUUGAAAGAAGAAAUGUUAAACGAUUAACACUAUCUAGCUUAGAAACCUUUCUUGUCUACAAGAAUUUCAUAUGGGCUUUCACGUGUGGACAAACUCAGUCCUUCGAAGCAGACGAGGUAUGGCUAUUAGGGCCACGCGGGGCCAGCGGAUGAAAGGUCUGUAUUGUUGGAGAAACUGUUUAGGCUGACAGAGUCAUUUCCCCAAAAUGUUUAAAGCUUGGUCCUUCCCAGGCAGGAUGUUAACUUUUCGACAGGUUUCAAAAACACACUCCCUCCAAAAAGCUGUUAAAACCAAGGGAACCUCCAUUAGACUUAGAAACGUUAACAUCAGUUGAGCGACUUACCCCACCCAGAGCCCAAAGUCACGUCUGAGCUUUGAGCUCACUAGGCCGGGCAUGGAUCAGUAAGCAGUGAAGGGUGGAGGCAGGGCUGGAAUUCUCUGGGGCUCUCAGUCAGAGGGAAGAGGAUGACCUCGACCUGCCAACUUCCGACGUCCAUUUAGGAAGCAUGGAGGCAGCAAGGAUUUGGGGUGGUAGGACCCACUCUCUCCACAGAUUUCUCCUACCUGUCCCCAGGACCUGAGGGUGCUAAAGGAGCUCCUAACCCAUUCAAACUAGAAAACAUUCUUUUCCCCAAGACGUAGUCAUAUUUUAUAAGAGGGUUUCUUUUGAAGGAUUAGAAUCUUGGUCUUUAUAUUAUGAAAAUAAUAUAUGAGUAUGUCUCAGGAAAAGCACACACAGAUAUAAUUAGCUAUUUUCAUAAAGGAUAGGCAUGCCAAGGAGAUCAACUACACUAGAUCUUCUAUCAUUCCAAAAGCUGUACCAAAUACUUGCCACUCAAGAGACUGCCUUUAGUUUAGUGAAGAGUCAGAAAACCAAAGUGGCUAGAAAAGGAUCAUUAAUGUGUACAUAACUGAUUUUUUUUUCAUUAAUACUGGGUCUCAACAAGAUCAAAUGAUGUCACUGGAAAAGCACAUGAGGCAAAAGGGACUUUCGCCCUCAUGUGAGCAACUCCUAGAAACUCAGUAAAUGAGAAAAAUGUUUGACAAGAAGUUCUGAGUUUGGCGAUCUGGGCCCGACUGUGUGACCCAUUCCUAUCCAUGUUUUACAGAGAAAUGAAAACAUCUACUGAAAAAGUUUUUUCUAAAUAUAAUAUUGUGUUUUCAUAGCAAUUACAUCUUCAAUUUGCCUUUAAAUUGUUGUAAGCAAAUCCGCCAACCUUUUUUCCUUAUGACUCAUUCUGGAUCUCACAUUCCUCCUGUGAAAUCAUUUGAGGGCCACUUGCCUCUUCUGAAAAGCCCAUCGACUCAAAGGAGAUUGAGAAUAUGGGAUUAGGAUUUGCCCAGAGAGGGGCCAGGAAUCCCUCCCUCCCCACUUCUUCUCCCAGGGGCGUAUUCAUUUGUGGUCCAAGUGAAAAGAAUGGUCAGAGCCUAAAAGCCAUGCCAUGUGUUCAGUGCAAUGAGAAUGAACUGCCUG